AUGGGAUCCAUCAGUCCUGACUCAGCUCCCAAUGGCUUCAAUAGCCCCAGCUCGAGAGAAAGACCGGCGUUUCCCGCAGACCUACCAGUCGCACACAUCUCUAACAUCUCCCAUAAGAAGAUUUUAGAGGGUGACAUCGAUGAGAUCUCCAAGGUCAUCAAGUCUGCCAGAGACAUUGGGUUCUUCCGCGUUGAUCUCCGAGAGUCCGAGAUCGGCCAGCGGUUUCUCGCCGCCGCUGACAAUAUGUUUGCCUUGGCCGAAGAGACGUUCGACUUGCCGGCUGAGACGAAGCUUGCUGAUAGCUUCCUCAAGCAUGGUGACACUUUACUUGGAUACAAGGGCUUGGGGGCCUCCGUCGUGGAUAAAGAAGGUACCCGCGACAACAACGAGCAGUACUGGAUCGGCUGCGGUGACAUCGAGGGCAACGGCCGCUCGCGCGCCGUCUACAACGACGUGAUCAACAACAAGAUGGCCCAGCUUCAAGAGUUCAUCGACCUGGGCAAGAUUGUCACAGAUAGGUUCCUACUUAUCUUCUCUGCCGUCCUUGGGCUUGGGCCGGAAAGCAAGGACUUCCUGCCGAAGCUGCACAGUCACAGCAACAACUCCGGCAGCCAUGUUCGCCUGCUGAAGUGCCCGCCCAAGCCUGAGAAUGCCCAUGUGAACCUCCAGCCGCACACUGACUGGGGCACCCUGACCGUGUUGUUCAACAUGCUGGGCGGGCUCCAGAUUUUUGUCCCAGAGAACCUUGUCGCCCCCGGAGAAGAAGCCGGCUGGAAGUACGUCAAGCCGGAACCCGGGAUGGCUCUCUUCAACCUAGGCGAUGCAUUCGUCAAGUGGUCCGACGGCGAGCUGAAGAGCACCAUCCACCGGGUUUCAAACCCUCCCGGCGAUCAGGCGAAGCACACCCGCUACAGCCUGGCGUACUUCACCCGCCCGAAUCACAACGUUCCGCUCAAGCCGCUCGGCAGGAAGGUUGUGCCUGCGGAUGCGGCCACGCUGUACCCCACGUUUAAGGAGUGGGCGCUGAGGAGGGCUAUGGCUGGCAGGUCGGACAGCUUCAAGGAGGGCGACUGGGAGAAGGGGCAGGGGACUGAGACUGUUAUGAGUGCUCAGGCACGGGCGGCGGUCUGA